CUUCCUGGUCGCCUGGCUGUUCCAGGGAUUUGGGGACGGGACCCCCGAAUCCCAAUCCCCCCGACCCUGCGUUGGCCAAGGCCAUGGCGGGGCUGAACCCGGAGCAGGUCCGCAAGUUCCAGGAAGAUGGCUUCCUCGUCCUGGAGGGGGUCUUUUCUCCAGAGGAAUGUGACGGGCUCAAGGCAAGGAUCGCGGAGAUCGUGGCAGGGAUGGAAGUCCCACCCCACUGCCGGACGGAAUUCACCACCGACAGGGAGGAGCAGCUCCGAGCUGAGGGGAGUUCAGAAUAUUUCCUGACCAGUGGUGACAAAAUCAGAUUCUUCUUUGAGAAAGACGUGUUUGACAAGGAAGGCAACUUUAAGGUCCCCCAGGACAAGUCCAUCAACAAGAUCGGUCAUGCUCUGCAUGCCCACGAUCCGACCUUCAAGAAGAUCACCCACUCCUCGCCAAUCCAGGAGAUAAGCAGGAGCCUGGGGUUUGAGGAGCCUGUGGUGGUCCAGAGCAUGUACAUUUUCAAGCAACCGCACAUUGGUGGUGAAGUGCGCGCACACCAGGAUUCCACCUUCCUCUACACGGAGCCCCUGGGCCGCCUGCUUGGGUUCUGGAUCGCAGUGGAGGAUGCCACCCCGGAGAACAGCUGCCUCUUCUUCAUCCCGGGAUCCCACAAGGGUGGCAUCUCCCACCGGUUGGUGCGGGCUCCUCCGGGUUCUGUACCGGCCAUCCGCUUCACCGGCUCUGAACCGGUUUAUGACGACAGCAGCUUCAUCGCCAUCCCUAUCCGUAAAGGGGGCCUCAUCGUGUUCCACGGAGAAGCUGUGCACAAGAGUGAGCUGAAUCGCUCCUCGUGCUCCCGCCACGCCUACAGUUUCCAUCUCAUGGAGUCUAAGGGCACCAGCUGGAGCCAGGACAACUGGCUGCAGCCCACCCCUGAGUUGCCGUUCCCAGCGCUCUACAGCUAAAGCUCGGUGUCAGGACAUGCUCCUCCUCCACCCGCCUGCCAGGAGAAGAGAGGGAUCCCUGGCCGGCCGUGCUGGGGGCUCUCCGCUCCACCUGCUUUCUCUCCAACGUGCCUUCUCCCUCUCCUCUCUUUCAUCUCCUAUUCUCCCCCUGCUUUCAUCAUUCCCCCUCCCCAUUAUCCCCUUGCUCUCCCGGAAUUGUGACCCACCAAGCCAGGGCUUGGCCUGGCCCAGGGAAGCCUGAAAUUCCCCCACCACCUCUGUUAAUAAAGCACGACUGCAGUCACUGUGA